AUGUUAGCAAGUUUCCAUUGCUCAGGGACUCUCCUUAGACUAAAGGAUCUGUUCAACAAAAGGGCUAAAGGUGUAGACAAUUCUUCAGAACAAGCUUUGAGAAUACGAGCAGGGACAUUAUCUGCACCAGUUACCUUGGUGAUGUCAAGAUUUUGUAAAAUUCAGUACACUGUAUCGACUAAAACAUACCUGAUGAUAUGCCAUUCUUCAAAACCGCAAACUUGAUUUUCACCCUGCUUUGAGCGUUUUCUAAAUACACUUGAACUGAGAUGUUACCGGACGAACCAAACUGUACAUCCAACAAAUUCUCUGUAGCGAAAGGCACGCACCCUCGUUGAUGCAAAACCUCGGUACCUACUCCAUCAGUGAUUUUCACAUAUUCCCUGUGUGAUAAAAACAAAAUAUGACAAUUAAUAACAGCUAAAAUAUCUGAAUGGCAAUGAAAAUGACAAUAAUACAUAGUAAUGACAAUACACAGUGAUCAUUGGUAAUGAUAAAAAGCGGUUUAGAAAAGUUAAUCAGUGUAACGUCAGGAAACAUCAGCUUCCAGGAAGUUUAAAAGACAACGUUGCUGGGAAUGACACAUCGGAAGGUCCUUUCAAUCAAGUGCUAGCGUUUUGAUAGACAAUACAUGUGCAGCAAAAAUAUCUUUACUUCACACUUCUAGGGAUAUUACUUUUCUUUUCAAGCAAGGUUAUCAUCAGCUGUUCAGAUUCACAAAGAGGGUAAAAAGGAAAAAAAAAUUAUUUGUAGACAAUCGAAAAGUACAGCAGAGCUGAUGUGGUCGUGUUAAAACUAAAAGUAUUAUGAAAAUCGUUAUCAAAAGUAAUCAAUAAUACUAUGUACAAUAAAAUUCAAGGCCUAAAAAUAUUUAAUUAAAAAAGCUGACUUUUCAGUGUCCUUUUAAAAGAGUCAAAACUUGGUAAUUCUUCUGUGUGAGUCUCCAGAGAGUUCCAUGCUUUGCAGCAGCUGGACUUACGAAGUAGUAUUGUCUUAGGGAAAGGUAUAUCAGACGUAAUCUUUCUUCGUAAAUUAUAACUGCAGUCGUACUUUUUAAAAAAAUCUGGAUAGUUUCGGGAGCAGGUUGGUAAAAACAACUUAUGGGCCAGUAAUAACAACUUAUGAUCAUAUAGAUUAUUGAAUGAAAACCAGUUCGCAUGAUGUAGCUAUUCUAGCACCUUGUCGCUUGACGUGUACCCGAAUUUAAACCAAAGAUAAUCUUAGCAGCCCGAACAUGGAUUUUUUCCAGGUCCCCAAAUAGGGUUUUUCCGCAAGAAUCCCACACAACUAAAGCUUGAUUAAAACGAUCAGGAAAUAAAAAGCAAUUCCGGCUGACUUUGGCAGGUAAAAACAAAACAAAACAAAACAAAAAUGUGACUUAUUCUUAUUCAUUUCGUUAGUUACAAGAUUUUACUACGUCAUUAAGUUUACCUGCACGAGACGAGAUAUGAUUCUCGUACAGAGAGCAAAGCCACGGCCUGGGAUAUACUGGAACUUAGUAUGGUCCACUGACAUAUUUCAUAGUAGCUGUUUGUGCCAUUAACCUCAAUAUCACCAAACGUACUAUUUAUGGUCCUGGAACAACCUUAGAAAGGAAAAUUUCAAGGAAGAACGUUUAAUGAUGUUGAUGAUGAUGAUGAUGAUGAUGAUGAUGAUUAUUAUUAUUAUCAUUAUUAUUGUUGUUGUUGUUGUUAGUGGUAGUAGCUGCAGCAGCAGCAGUAGCAGUGGCAGUGGCAUUGGCAUUUGCAGUGGCAGUGGCAGGGGCAGUGGCAGGGGCAGGGGCAGUGGCAGUGGCAGUGGCAGUGGUAGUGGUAGUGGUAGUGGUAGUGGUAGUGGUAGUGGUAGUGGUAGUGGUAGUGGUAGUGGUAGUGGUAGUGGUAGUGGUAGUGGUAGUGGUAGUGGUAGUGGUAGUGGUAGUGGUAGUGGUAGUGGUAGUGGUAGUGGUAGUGGUAGUGGUAGUG